AUGACACAUCCCACCACCAGCACCUACCCUGCCACAUUCCUCCACCAGCACCUACCUACCCUGCCACAUCCAACCACCAGCGCCUACCCUGCCACAUUCCACCACCAGCACCUACCCUGCCACAUUCCACCACCAGCACCUACCCUGCCACAUCCCACCACCAGCACCUACCCUGCCACAUUCCACCACCAGCACCUACCCUGCAAAAUUCCACCACCAACACCUACCCUGACACAUCCCACCACCAGCACCUAUCAUGACACAUCCCACCACCAGCACCUACCCUGCCACAUCCCACCACCAGUACCUACCCUGCCACAUUCCACCACCAGCACCUACCCUGCCACAUUCCACCACCAGCACCUACCCUGA